AUGCGACAAGGAAAGGCUGGAAGCGAUGUCUUCACUGAGAAAGGGUUUAAAAAUUGGAGGAAGGGACCUGAGAAUUUUAGGGACCAUGUUGGACAAGUUGGAAGUCUUCACAAUAAAGCUACACAACAUUGUACAUAUUUAAUGAAUCAGAAGCAACACGUUGAAACCAUUGUGAUCAAGCAGACAUACCAAGCCUGUAGUAAUUAUCGCAUUCUAUUAACUGCCAUACUUGAUUGCACUAGAUAUUUAUUGCAACAAGGUCUUCCUUUUCGUGGUCAUGAUGAAAGCGAAACAUCUAGUAAUAAGAGUAAUUAUGUGGAGCUUUUGCAAUUUCUUGCCGAUCAUGAUGAGAAAGUUCAUGCGGUUGUGUUUGAGAACACUCCAAGGAAUCUCAAGUAUAUUGCUCCUAAAAUUCAAAAAGAACUUGUCAGUUCUUGUGCCGCUGAAACCAUUGAUGCAAUUAUUAGUGAUAUGGGUGAUGCAUUCUUUUCUAUAUUGGUAGAUGAAUCACGUGAUAUUUCAAUAAGAAAACAAAUGGCGGUGGUGUUACGUUAUGUGAACAAAAAAGGGCAAGUAAUUGAAAGGUUUGUGGGUGUCCAAUAUGUCUCUAAUACUACUAGUAGCAAAUUGAAAGAGGCAAUUGAGCAGUUGAUUUCUUCAACAAAUUUGAGCAUGUCCAGGCUACGAGGAUAG